AAUCCAUCGAUUCCUGAAAUUAUGUCUGCCCAGAAGAUCGUAUUGAAGGUUAGCAUCAUGUGCAGCAAGUGCGAAGUGUGCGUGAUGAGCACCAUCGCCAAGUUCGACGGCAUCACGUCGAUGGCUUUGGACAAGGAAAAGAGCACUGUCACCAUCGUUGGGAUCGUCGACGUUGUGCUCAUCGUGAAGGCCCUCAGGAAGGCCAAGAAGCCGGCCGAGAUCGUCACGGUGGGGGAGCCAGACAAGCCAGACUCCGGGAAGAAGCCGGAUGCCGAGAAGAAGAAGCCGGAUGCCGAGAAGAAGCCGGAUCCGUACAAAGAUCUGCCGCCGCACUGCAAGGCCUGCACUUACGUGGUGUAUGACGAUUACCAGUCAAAUCAAUGCAUCAUUAGCUAAUUGAUUACUGAGAUCAAUCGAUCAAGAUACAUGUGCAUGUAUUAGCUAGUGCGAUCGAGUAAAUAUGAUUUGCUCUUGGAGCCGUGAUUCGAAAUCGAUUUAAUUAUUUACUGUUGUGGUCGAAUCAUGCACAUAUUGGCCUCGAUCGGAAAGUAUAUAUUUCAGAAAAUAAAGCUAGUACUUUUUAGUAAAUAUUAAUAUUAGAUGUGCAUUUUGAU